AUGGGCACCAGCAAGACAGCCGCCUCGAGCAGAAAGCGGAAGCAAGUCGAUGAUGAACCCACUGUCCCAGACACCGAACAAGUAGCUUCCUCCUCCAAGAAGUCUAAGAAGGAUGAAUUAGCCCUAGCCACAGACGAGAAGCGACUACGCAGAUUCCGUGACAAAGCACCCCAAGCAUUUGCUGUCAUCUACGAACGAGCCACAACCCAACGCUUUUUUGUCCUCUCGCGUAAACGCAUACCAGUAUGGGACAGCUUCGAAGGCUUCGAGGAGGAAGUGGAAAUUGCAGGUUCGACAGGCAACAUCUACACCGUGACGAUUGCCCGACAGCCGACUUGCACCUGCCCCAUGGGCGAGAAGAACGAGCAGUGCAAGCACAUCAUCUACGUGCUGGCCCGGGUACUGCGAGCCAAGUACGAGUACGUUUACCAGCUGGCAUUGUUAAGCUGCGAGCUCGAAGAGAUCUUUGACAACGCCCCUCUGAUCGUGGAAGACGGGGACAGUGCUGCAACAGGGGAAGGUGACAAGAAGAGGAAGCCGAUUGAAGGGGAUUGUCCCAUCUGCUUCAGCGAGAUGGAGGUACACAAGCCCGAGGAAAUUGUCUGGUGCCGUGCGGCAUGCGGCCAGAACAUUCACAAGGAGUGCUUCGAGAUGUGGGCUGCCACAAAACGGAAGCAGGCUGGUGGAGCCAAGGCGGAAGUCACUUGUCCGUACUGCAGAAGUGUCUGGGAAGGUAAUGAUGAUAUGAUCAAGAAGAUCAAGAAGGGGAAGCCAACUUCGGAAGGAUACGUGAAUGUUGCUGACCAGUUGGGGAUUAGCCAAGUACGAGAUACCAGUACGUACCACUAUGGGGGUUCGAGGUCGGGAUACACUUUUGGCAGGAAUAGGAGCAGGCGGUUCCCCCCAAUCAAGUCCUUCAUUCGCGCAGCCAACAUAAUCAUGCGCGCUGCAUCGGCAACUCUCUCUUCUGUUAUCUCUGCAGUAACCACCGCAUUGGAUUUCGAUGGUCGUGAGGACACCGCCUACCGCCAAGCAGCCGAAACCGUCCUCCAGGCAUUCCUCAAUAUGGAUUCGGAGACAUUCGAAUUCACUUACAUCGACCCUGAUGCCAACCUUGACGUCGGCCUUGGGUCCUACCUCCUCAUACACGUCACCUAUACAGUGAUUGGGGGAAUUGUUUUCCUUUUGGCACGGAAGUGUAGAGACCCGGGAAUUCAAGAAGAACUGGUGCGUCGCUGCCCAAAUCUGCCUUCUCUUUUCAGAGGCGUCGAUAACAGGGUCUUGGGACGAGGGUAG